AUCAACCUCAAGCCUAUGCUUUGAAAUGAGGCAACAUUUAACUGGAAGUCCAUUCAAAAUAAGGAGUUCAGCCCAAGGGUCCAGGGUCCUGCAUUUCUUCCUUUUUCUCUCAGCUGCACCUCUCUCAUCCGAUCUUGGUGAAGAGUUCUCCUUUGCCAAGAAAGAGAUCAGAGAUAAGAAGGCAGUGCCAAGAAAGUUCCACGAGACUCUCAGAAGUCACCGCCUGAAUACCAAACCUGAAUUACCAGGAGAGAUGGAAUGCUCGGCUGUUCUCCUCCUGCCCACGCUGCAGGUUUUUCAGGUCCCUGCUUGAGCGUGCACUCACAGGCGUAAAUAAACGUGCUAUCCACAGCCUGCGUCAGCCAACCCAGCUAUUUAAGCAGGCUGGCAUCAGCUAACUCAGCAUCCAAAUCCAGGGCUUGCCUUUGCCGCUUCCACCCGUGCCGGGACCAUGUCGACCGAGACCGCGAGCGGACCCACUGAGGACCAGGUGGAGAUCCUGGAGUACAACUUCAACAAGGUCAACAAGCACCCGGACCCCACCACGCUGUGCCUGAUCGCGGCAGAGGCAGGCCUUUCGGAGGAGGAGACCCAGAAAUGGUUCAAGCAGCGCCUGGCCCAGUGGCGGCGGUCUGAAGGCCUACCCUCUGAGUGCAGAUCCGUCACAGACUGAGGAGAUGGUGGGCAUUGGUGCUCCCCUUCAUGAAGACCAUCUGCUGUUUCUCUUCUCAGCUUCAUCAAGCUAUUUUUGUUUUUCAGUGUAGCGUUAUUAUGUCCCACUGUUAGCUGUCCUUCUAUUUAACACAAUGUUGUAUUUUUUUUAAUGUACAUAACUAGAGAAGAUAAUGACAAUUUUUCUAUGUGCAAGCACAUAGGAAGCUGUGUGCAGCAGCUUCUGUGUAAGGCAGAGGUGUGGCUGCAGAUGGUGUGGCUGGCAUUUCCUUUUGAGUCAUGAUGACAGAUGGUGUUAAAAACCACCUAAGUUUCCUUUUGACCAUCACCUCCCCAUAACAAUUUACUGUCAACAUCCAUUUCAGAAUGGUCAAGGCUUCUGUCGAAAAGAUAACAUGACCAAGAGAAAGACACUUUUCCUUCUAAUUCCACUUCCCUAAGUCAUUUUCCUUGUGUUUCAUUUAAUACAUUGAGUGAGAAUACAGAGGGACUUUGACUCAUGUGGAUUUCAUAAAGCAGUUCCUUGGAUUAUAGCUGAGUUAACUUGGAAAGCACUCAGGCUGGAAGACAGAAAUCCCAACUGGCAAAAAUCAAAUAACUAAGGGGGAAAAUCCACAAAAGUCUUGAAUUUCCCUUAUUUAAAUACAUUUGUCAAUUUAUUUUGCUAAACAAAAUGAACUGCUUUUUGUCUCUGAGAUGAUGUUCCAAAUAAAACCUUAACAUUUUGUGAAAA